AUGGUCCCUGAACCCGGAAAAUUUCCGGCAGGAUCCAUUUGUUCUGGGAAACAUACUAUUGCUGAAUGGCUUAUAUCUGUGCACGGGUUUAUUCCUUUAACUCUUCGAGGUAUUGAUAACUAUAGAUUUGACGCGUUACACUUUGAAACGCCAAACGACCUUUUAGAAUAUGUCACGAAAAAUUGGAUAGAUAAUUUUGUAACGUGUGACAUCGAUACUCUAUACGUAUUAGAAACAUAUAGAAAACGACCUUUUUUCUUAUUAUUGGCUGUUGAUGGUCCAUUAACGAUCCGAUACCAAAGGUGUCUGGCUCGAUGUCAAGAAUUAGGUCAUCAACCACCAACAUUAGAAAGAUUCGUGAUUGAAAAUGAUAAAAGAUUAUUCAAAACAGUUGUUCCAACAAAUGAUUUUAUACAAAAUGAUCAAGAUAAUACACUAAAUUCGGAUGACUUUCCAAUCUCAUCAAUUUAUAAUAUAAUGUCCAUGGCUGAUCUCACUAUCGUGAAUUCUUUUUUAUCAUUACAACCACUCUAUGCGUAUCUUCACAGUCUUAAUAUUACAGAUUCUGAGAGAUUGAGACCUUCAUGGGACACAUAUUUCAUGCACUUGUCAGACCUGGCAGCAUUAAGAUCCAACUGCAUGAAGCGUAGAGUAGGUUGUAUAUUAGUUAAAGACUUUAGAGUAGUUGCGACAGGAUAUAAUGGUACAGCAAGAGGCUUGAAGAAUUGUAAUCAAGGCGGUUGUGAACGUUGUAAUGAUGCUGUCCCAUGUGGGAAGGGAUUGGAAACUUGUUUAUGCCUACAUGCAGAAGAAAAUGCAUUAUUGGAAGCUGGAAGGGCAAGAGUUGGCCAGGGGUGCUCAGUAAAGUUGAUUCAAGUAGGAGUCACUGAGGUUGUCUAUAACAAAUCGUAUGGUAUGGACGACAUGACCUCUCGUAUUCUUAAAGAAGCAGGUGUAAAACUAAGACAACAUUCACCACCAACAAAAAGAUUGAUAUUGCAAAAAAAUGAUUUUAUGAGCAGUAACACGAACAUUGGUGAUAUUAUGAUGUAA